UUUUGGUUAUUGAUUAAUUGAUUGCUUUCAAGUGUCUGCAAUUUAUUUAUGCAUUUUGAUUUUGAUUUUAAUUUCUGACAAUGUAACUUCAAUUCCAUAACCAUGCAGCAAGUAAGAAUCAGAAAGAAGAGACUCGAUAAGAAGUUGACAUUGUUGGUGUCUAGAAUGGCUGAUCAUGAAAAGAAGACAGUAACUUCUGAUGUCAUCUCGGGGGAUAUGAUUUUUGAGCCUAUAUGGGAGGAUGGAAUUUUCCGAUUUGAUUGUUGUGGUGAUGAUAGACUUGCUGCAUAUCCUAGUAUUUCAUUUAUCAAUACUAGAGACAAUACUAGAGAUAGGGAUACACCAAUCAACAAUCAUUCUUUUUCCCAUGGUAACUCCUUUUAUGGAACUGGAGAAGUUAAGUGGACCACUCGAGCGGCAGGGAAAGAAGACUAUGGCUCGCAGCAUCUAAAUUUCAGCAGUUUCGUUUCAAAAAUGCAGGUUUUCACUUGGAAUACAGAUGCAUGGGGUUACGGCCCUGGAACUACGUCUUUGUACCAAUCGCAUCCUUGGGUGCUUGGCUAGCUGUUCCCAAAUGGAGAGGCACUGGGGGUUCUUGCUGACACCAACUCGUCGCUAUUGCCAGAACAUUUAGGGAGAAGGACAUUUAGGGAGAAGGAUAUACCAUGUGAUGUCAUAUGGAUGGACAUUGACUACAUGGAUGGUUUUCGCUGUUUCACAUUUGACCAGGUAUUUUCGAGGAAGAAAGCGCGCCAGUGGGCUUGCAGAAAAAAAAAAAAAAAAAAAAAAAAAAAGAAAAAGCAAAAGGAGAAAAAAAAAAAAACUAUUGUCAUUGUUUUUAAUUACCCAUUUGCAGGAGAGGUGUGGCCUGGACCUUGUGUUUUUCCAGACUUCACUCAGUCAAAAGUUCGCUCUUGGUGGGCUAAUUUAGUUAAAGAUUUUAUUUCAAAUGGUGUUGAUGGCAUAUGGAAUGAUAUGAAUGAGCCAGCCAUUUUUAAGACAGUAACUAAGACGAUGCCUGAAAGCAAUAUUCAUCGAGGGGAUGUUGAACUUGGAGGAUGUCAAGAUCACUCAUACUAUCACAAUGUGUAUGGCAUGCUGAUGGCAAGAUCAACAUUUGAAGGCAUGAAAUUAGCUAAUGAAAACAAGCGUCCCUUUGUUCUCACUAGAGCUGGAUAUAUUGGUAGCCAAAGGUAUGCUGCAACACGGACAGGAGAUAAUCUUUCAAAUUGGGAGCAUCUGCACAUGUCUAUCGCCAUGGUACUUCAAUUGGGACUCAGUGGUCAGCCACUUUCAGGGCCUGAUAUUGGUGGAGUUGGAGGAAAUGCAACGCCCAAGUUGUUUGGUAGGUGGAUGGGUGUAGGCGCAAUGUUUCCUUUCUGCCGUGGACACUCUGAAAUUGGCAGUUCUGACCAUGAGCCAUGGUCUUUUGGGGAAGAGUGUGAAGAAGUUUGCCGUGUUGCUCUAAAGAGACGUUAUCGCCUGAUACCACACAUAUACACACUGUUUUAUGUUGCUCACACUACGGGUAGUCCGGUAGUAACUCCUACUUUUUUUGCUGAUUCUAAAGAUCUGAGCUUAAGAACGCUUGAAAAUUCCUUCUUAUUGGGUCCACUUCUUAUCCACGCAAGCACAAUUCCUGACCAGGGGAUGGACAAGAUGACUCAGACUUUGCCCAAAGGAAUCUGGUUGAGAUUUGAUUUUGAUGAUUCACAUCCGGAUUUACCAAAUUUAUAUUUGCGAGGUGGAUCAAUAAUUCCUUCGGGUCCACCUCAUCAGCAUGUUGGUGAAGCUAAUUUGUCAGAUGACUUAACACUCCUCGUAGCCUUAGAUGAGUAUGGAAAAGCUAAAGGUGUACUAUUUGAAGAUGCUGGUGAUGGAUAUGAAUUCACCAAAGGUGGCUACCUAUUCACACACUAUGUUGCUGAACUUCAAUCUUCUGUUGUUACUGUUAGAGUUUCCAAAACAGAAGGGGUUUGGAAGAGGCCCAAAAGACGUCUACAUGUGCAGUUAUUGCUUGGUGGAGGUUGUACUCAUGUGAUUAUUGGCUUAGGAUUAGAUUUAUGGGGCAUAGAUGGAGAAAUUGUGCAAAUAACAAUGCCUUCAGAACUUGAUGUUUCUGAGAUGAUAUCCAUUUGUGAGAAACAACACAAGAGUCGUUUAGAAAGCUCUAGGCAUAUUCCAGAUGUUGAAGAGGUUUCUGGACCCAAGGGAGCAGAACUUUCGAGAGUCCCAGUUGAAUUGAAAAGUGGCGAUUGGAUUUUAAAAAUAGUUCCCUGGAUUGGGGGGAGAAUUAUUUCCAUGGAGCAUCUUCCAUCAGGAAUACAGUGGCUGCAUAGCAGGAUUGAGGUUGAUGGAUAUGAAGAAUAUAGUGGUAUGAUGGAGUACCGGUCUGCAGGAUGCUCAGAGGAAUACAAUGUCAUUGAGCGGGAUCUUGAGCAUGCAGGAGAGGUGGAAUCUCUUAUACUGGAAGGUGAUAUUGGUGGAGGAUUGGUUCUUCAACGACAGAUAUCUAUUAAAAAAGAUGAUCCAAAGGUUGUCCAUAUUUAUUCUGGCAUUAUAGCCCGUAGGGUUGGAGCUGGUUCUGGUGGAUUUUCCAGGCUUGUUUGCUUGAGAGUACAUCCGACCUUUACCCUGUUGCAUCCCAUGGACACUUUUGUCUCUUUCACUUCCAUUGAUGGAUCAAAGCAUGAAAUUUGGCCUGAAUCUGGGGAUCAAUUUUAUCAAGGGAAUCUUCUUCCAAAUG